UAAUCCCAUGUUUGUCAAACUGAAGGCAUCUAAUGUGCAUUCGCUGGAUGUUCCUGAUGAAGACCACAUCCACGCUUCAGCUUCUGUAAACAUGGGCACUGAAGGACUGACAUUACAUCUCCUGGAGGCCCUGGUGUCACAUCCGGUUUUGACCUUUGCCCUACUUGUGGCCGCUCUGUCGUCCACUUGGUGGUACAUCAGAGACUCCUACGAGGUGGACACCUUCAGCCUCAAGCAGGUGUUCAUCACAGGCUGUGACAGUGGCUUUGGAAAUCUGCUGGCCAGGCAGCUGGACCUCAAAGGCUUCUGCGUCAUAGCGGCCUGUCUCACCCAGAAAGGAGCGGCAGAUUUGGCGAGCUCGGCCUCCUCCAGGCUGAAGACCCUCAUCUUGGACGUGACGGACAGCGAAAGCAUCAGGAGAGCGCGGCGGUUCGUAAGCAAGGAGGUGGGAGAGCGAGGCUUGUGGGGCUUAGUGAACAAUGCUGGCAGAUCCACGCCCAUCGGCCCGCUGGAAUGGAUGCACUUGGAGGACUUCACCAAAGUGUUGGACGUCAACCUGAUGGGCGUCAUUGAGGUGACGCUGCAGUUUCUGCCGCUCCUGAAGAAAGGUGGAGGGCGGCUGGUCAACGUCUCCAGUGUUCUCGGCCGGCUGGCGAUCAUCGGAGGAGGUUACUGUCCUUCCAAGUGGGGAGUGGAGGCCUUCUCUGACAGCCUCAGGAGGGACAUGCAGCAGUUUGGGGUGAAAGUGAGCAUCAUUGAACCUGGUUUCUUCAGGACUAACCUGACCAGGCUGGGUCCUAUUGAGGCCGAUCUCAGGAGGCUUUGGACCCGCCUCCCUCAGGAAGUGAAAGACUCCUAUGGGGUGACCUACCUUGAUGAGUACCUGAAGUGCCAGGACUUUUCCAUGCGCAUCUUGGCAAGUCCACGCAUCGCCAUGGUAACAAAGUGCAUGGAGAAGGCUUUGAGCGCACGUUUCCCUCGCACACGCUACACUGCAGGCUGGGACGCCACACUCCUCUGGCUGCCUUUGUCCUAUUGCCCCUCUUUUGUGUGCGACUUUGUGCUCCGCCUUCUUCUACCUCCACCUGCAGCACACACACUUUGAACACACAUCUUACCUGCCA